CAUCAACAUCGCAACAAUCUCCCAUGAGCAAGUAUGCGCUUCCGACGACGGAUGAGAUGCGGCAGCUGCAUGCCGCAGACCAGAGCAGUGUGUUCCAGUCCAACUUCAUCAAGCUGCAGGUGGACCAAUUGCUUGAGGAAGUCACGGUCGACUACACCGCGUUCUCGUCGGUGAACGCCACGUUGUUCGCGCUCAAAGAGGCCAUGGACGCGAUUCCAGCACAGCAGGUGACGUCGGAGGCACUCAACCUGCCAGGCCUGGUCGUGCGACACCACCACAAGCAAGUCGUGCUUCCCUUCCAUCCUCCCGCGCGCCUUGACGUUGUUGGAAGCUACUCGUUGCGUCACGGCACCCUCCUCGACCACACGCUAACGAUCGACGUAGCAAUUCAGCUGCCCGACGCAUGCUUUGUACCGAAAGACUUUACCAACUACCGGUACCACGACAAGCGCAGCCUGUACCUAGGCGUCCUUGCGUCGCACCUCCAGACAGCCACGACUACCUCGUCCAAAUCCUGCAAGCCAGCGCCGUGGACACGUCUGUCGUUGGUUCCGUUCGCGGGCGACGCGUCCAAGCCCAUCUUGCGUCUGCACUUGGCCCCCAUCAAGAAGACACAGGUCGUGGUACAGCUGAUCCCCGUGCUGUCGUUCCAGUGCAAAUUUCCCCCGUCGAAACUGCAUCCUGGCAAGAGCAACCUCCGCCAUGAUCCUCCACUCGAUGCGACGCCCGUCUACAACAACGCCGUGCUCGAGGACAUGGCGUUGCUCAGCCACUUUCGCGCGCUGCAUGCCGUGGCUGCGCAAUCCGAGUCGUUUGUCCAGGCUUGUAUUCUGGUCAAGGUGUGGCUCCGGCAGCGCCAGCCCUCGUCAAGCGCCGCCGCAUCUGACUCGGUCAAUGGAUUCCAGGCAACCAUGUUGAUGCUGUACUUGAUUCGAUCAGGUAAGUUGUCGUACUCGACGCCCGUCGACGCCAUGGUCAAGAUUUGGCUGCACUUUGUGGCCACCACCGACUUGACGGCUACCCCGCUGAGCUUUCCCCCUCUCAAACCCGGCCAAGACGAAGAGCAUGACGAGAAUGACCAUGGGGUCGUGGUGGUGCCGACGCCGACAGGUCUAUCGGCGUUCCAACAGGCAUUUGAUGUGGUAUUCCUGGAUCCAAGUGGUCGGGUAAACGUGUGCAGCCGCGUGUCCAAGUCUGGGUGGCUAGAGAUUCAAUGGCUAGCGCAGCAAUCCAUCUCAAUCUUGCCCAAAGCUACAGCCGACGCGUUCCACCAAGUGUUUCUUCAACGUCAUUCAUUCUGGGCUCGCUACGACGAGUACAUUUGGGUUCCCGUCUCCACUACUAGUACUACUAGUAGUACCUCGUCCAGAUUGCAAACGACGACCGACCUGGCGUUGCCCCAAGAAGUGCAACAUGUCGUCGCCAAGGCAUUGGGCGACCGCGUCCAUCGCGUCCGCCCGCUCGGCAUCCUCCCAACUCCUUCCUCUUCUUGGCUUGUGACGGAAUCCCCCCCAACGAUCCACAAAGUAGUGCUAGGCCUCGGAUUGAAUCCCGAGAAUGCCCAUCGUAUCGUGGACAAGGGACCAGAAGCCGAUAACAAGGCGGACGCUGCCACGUUUCGCGCGUUCUGGAAGUCCAAAGCCGAGCUAAGGCGGUUCAAAGACGGUUCAAUCGUCGAAGCAGUCGUCUGGGACGACGUGCCAACGUCCCAGAUCGUGUCGCAGAUUGUGCGUACGAUCUUGCCGUUUCACUUUGACCAGUCGAGUGUACAUGGCGAUGCAAUUGUAUCCUCCAACGACACAUGGAACGACGACGCGUACUCGGUGGCGCCGUUGCUCCGGGCUUGGGCCACGUUGCAGAGCAGCGUUCGAUCCCUUGACGAGUCGGUGCUGCCAUUAAAGGUCUCGGAUCUGCAGUUACUCGCCCCGGGUCUGCGCCGCACAUCCGCCGCCCCCCCGACCCCCCAUCCCCUCGCCGGUACCCCCUCCCCCUCCUCCACCCCCCAAGGCGCCAAGUUUGUCACCACCACCCUCGACCCGUACAUUGUGGUGCUGCAGUUCGAGUCGACUUCGUCGUGGCCAUCCACGCCGGAUGGUGUCGCAAAUGCCAAGCUUGGGUUUUACGUGCAAUUGGCUGUCGCGCUGGCCAAAGUAGGCACUUGCCAAGUGCACUCGACGGGACUCGAUAUCCUCGUGGGGGGGUUUCCAUUUCGACUGGUGAUUGUAGUCACUGGUCGGGAAAAGAUCAACUCGCUGCAGAUUGGCGCCCUCCAUGCCCCCAUGAUUCACGCGCUAAGUACACAACAUGCUGCGUACGCCCCCACGGUGCGCCUGUGGAUGAAAUGGCUCGACGCGCACCUGGCUACGACUGUGAUGCCCCUCGAAAGCUGUGAAUUGCUGGUCGCGGCCGUCUUCUUGACGCCGGCGCCGCCGCAGUCGGUGCUUUCGGGCUUCACUCGGGUCCUGCAUCUAGUUGGCCGCUUUGACUGGACUUCGCAGCCCCUGAUUGUUGAUUUGCACCAGCAUAUGACCGAAGAUGACCGCCGACAAGUGCAAAAACUGUUUGAUGCGUCCGCUACGAGCCCCAGUACUCACCCCGCCCUGUACAUUGCCGCCUCAUACGAGGGUUCAAAGCCAUCGUUUUGGACCCGAGACGUGAAUGAACCAGUGCUGGCGCAACGCCUUGUGGCACUAGCUAAAGCCACCUCGGUGCAGUGGACCCACUGGCUCGCGCAAGGUGCGGCGCCCCACGGGUGGCAGGCGUGCUUUGCGCACGUGAUGGACGACUACGACGUGGUAUUUCACCUGACUUCAUUGGGCAACAAGCUCGUGUUUCCGUCGUCAAAAGGCCGGUUUGCCAUCCCAUUUUACAAGAACCUCAAGCACGCGAACCCGUUUGACCACUUGUUUGUGGGAUUGUAUCCGCUGGAGGACGUCCUCAACCGGAUGCACUUGCGGUUCCAGCACGUCGCGCUCUUCUUUGUCAAUCACGACGUGGUGGCGGUGCGAUGGAAACCCACGGCGUUUUUGCCGUCCAGAUUCCGAGUGCUACAUGCGACGCAUCAGCUGGCGUUGUCGGACAACUUGCUUAGCAACGGGGAGCAACAAGAAACAGUCCGCGGCAUCCCGCAAGUGCUCACGGUGCUCCAAGAAAUGAAAGCCAUGCUGCACGGGCUAGUAGAUCGUGUCGAGUUGAAAUAGAGUGUUGAAGACCCGUAUAUUUACACGUGUAAUCUAUCUAUUCAUGUGCAAACAAAAA